AUUUGCAUAGAUCACAUCCUGGCCCGGUUUAUCCGUCACCCUGCUACAGCUAGCCUCUUUGUCCCUCUGCAGGGUGGAGACGACAGCCCAGGAUCCCUGGCUGAUGAUGAUGUUGAUGAUGAAGAGGAGGAAGACUCAGGCCCCGGGGAGCCUCUCUGCCGACAGGGCCUGAGCCUGGUCCACAGCUCCAUGGAAGAGCGUUGCCAUGACAGCACGCUGCAGCUGCUCUCGGACUUCCUGCGCCCCCGCCGCCACCCCCCGCCCGACGUGGUGUCCCACUUAAUCAGAGACAUCCUGCUGGGCUCAGAGACCCCCCCUGCCCAGGUCCUCCAGGCCUACAGCCUCCUCAUGAGGAUACAGAAGAGCCUCCCUGCCACGGUGUCUACGGUGCAGUGGGACUGGGAGCUCCUGGCCUCGGCCAUGCAGGAGCGGGGAGCAGAGCGGCGGCCAGUCCUCCGCCUCCUCCUGCAGUACGUCCUGCAGACGCUGCACGACGACGUCCACCUGGACCACCGGGCGCGGCAGGGCUCCAUCGCCAAGGCGACGCUGUCCUGCUACCAGGCCAUGGCGCACGUCAGAGAUGUGAUCGGUUGGCUGGUUGCCGCGGUGAUGAAUUCGACCUGUGACCCCGGGGGGCGUGACUGUGAAACUGAGAUGGAGACGCAGAAGGAGAGAGACGAGAAUCUCAGGAUAGUGCUGGUCCUGCAGAAGAUGCUGGCCCUGGCCAUGGAGGUGGACUCCCCCACCACCAGCUCCAACAAGAUUUGCGAGGACCUCCACCUGAUACUGAUCGGCCCCCACCUGCACAGACACCACAGGCUGCUGCUCCUGCAGACCCUGGAGAGCAGUCUGCUGCAGUGCAAGCUGGUGGAGCUGCUGCUUCAGCAUGUCUGCGCAGACAAGACUAAGCUGCCCAUGUCUCUGAGUCUGAUCCUGCACUUCCUGCGCAGUGCCACACUGCCACCUGACCCCACGGACGGUGUGGAGACCUGGAGGAGGUGGAGGGAGCUGGUGCAGCUCCUGUGGAUGCUGCUCCUCAGCUAUGAGGAGGUGACAGAAGGUCACCUUCGCCGACCCAUUACCCAGCGAGCCCAGUUCGGCCACGCCCCCAUCUGGACCGCCAAUGAUGACAUCACGCGAGCGGAGCUGCAGGAAGCUGCAGACUGCUUCCUGUCCCGGGUGUCAGCUGACCUAGGCCACGCCCUCCCGCCGCAGGUUCAGGAGCUGUUCUCUUACCUGCGGGAUCACCUGCUCUGUUUCUGUCGACACUGAUCUGCGCACCUUAUGUUUCGAGAGCGUUGUGACAUUUUAAAUAAAUAUUUAUUUUAUUCUAUAA